GGCGCUUAAGAAGGGAGACGUCGGGCAAGGCGCCCCAGUCCUCGCCUGAGUGGCAGUGGAGGAGCAGGGGAAGGGAAGGGAGGAGAGGAGGAGACGGGCUGCAAACAAGCCAGGUGGGCGCGCUCGGUGGCGGCGGCGGCGGCGGAGGAGAAGAAGGCUUGAUGGCGAGGGGCGGAGGAGGCUGCUUGGAGGAAAGGGGGAGCCACGCAGGAAGACGAAGAAGAGACCCUCUGCCUUCCCAGAACCCCUCCCCUCCGCGCCCCGCCUCCUCCUCUUCCUCCUCCUCCCUUGAAGCCUGAAGGUGGUCAGUGAGGGAGACCACGAGGCGCCCAGCAAAGGCAGGAGACAGAGGCGCGCUUGCCUUCUCCUCCUCCGCCUCCUCUUCUUCCUUUUCCUCCUCGUGUUCCUCCUCAGCCGGGGCCAUGUGAAGGGACAAAGGAUUGCCUCACAUACUUUCCCCAAAAGCCUACAUAACUGACAUCUGGGGUUAUGAAGUCAGUCCUAGAUGGCCUCGCAGAUACGACCUUCAGAACAAUUACGACAGAUCUUCUUUACAUGGGUUCUAACGAUAUCCAGUACGAAGAUUUUAAAAGCGACAUGGCUUCCAAGUUAGGAUAUUACCCACAGAAAUUUCCUCUGUCUUCUUUUCGAGGUGAUUUCCGACCUAAAAUGACUGCAGGAGAAGAUGCUGUUUUGGGCGUGCACCCAGCAGAUCAGGUCAAUCUUACAGAUUUUUACAACAAGACUUUAUCCACCUUCAAGGAAAAUGAGGAUAAUAUACAGUGUGGAGAUAACUUCAUGGAUAUGGAGUGCUUUAUGAUUCUAAACCCGAGCCAACAGCUGGCCAUUGCAGUACUCUCCCUUACCCUAGGCACCUUCACUGUUCUGGAAAAUCUCCUGGUUUUGGUUGUCAUCCUGCAUUCCCGGAGCCUUCGCUGUCGGCCCUCCUAUCAUUUCAUCAGCAGCCUGGCAGUAGCUGAUCUCCUUGGCAGCGUCAUCUUUGUCUACAGUUUUGUUGACUUCCAUGUUUUCCAUCGAAAAGACAGCCCUAAUGUUUUCUUGUUCAAAUUAGGUGGAGUUACAGCUUCGUUCACAGCCUCGGUUGGCAGCCUUUUCCUCACAGCGAUAGACAGGUACAUAUCUAUACACAGGCCCUUGUCUUACAAAAGGAUUGUUACCCGAUCAAAGGCUGUUGUAGCAUUCUGUGUGAUGUGGACUAUUUCUAUUGUAAUAGCGGUCCUUCCUCUGCUCGGUUGGAACUGCAAAAUGCUAAAUUCGGUUUGUUCUGACAUAUUUCCACUGAUUGAUGAGAACUAUCUGUUGUUCUGGAUCGGCGUCACCACUGUACUCUUGCUUUUUAUUGUUUAUGCCUAUAUGUACAUACUCUGGAAGGCUCAUAGCCAUGCUGUCAGAAUGAUUCAGCGUGGCACUCAAAAGAGCAUGAUCAUUCACACUUCAGAGGAUGGUAAAGUGCAACAGGUCUCCAGACCUGACCAAACACGUAUGGACAUCAGGUUAGCCAAAACCUUAGUCCUUAUUCUUGUGGUUUUGAUCAUCUGCUGGGGUCCUCUGCUUGCAAUCAUGCUCUACGAUGUCUUUGGGAAGAUGAACAAGCUUGUCAAGACGAUCUUUGCCUUCUGCAGCAUGCUGUGUCUCAUGAAUUCCACAGUGAACCCCAUUAUCUAUGCUCUCAGGAGCCAGGACUUGAGACAUGCUUUCAGGAGCAUGUUUCCACCAUGUGUGGGGACUGCACAACCUCUUGAUAACAGCUUGGAGUCUGACUGCCAGCACAGACAUGGUAACAACCCAGGUAAUGUCCACAAGGCUGCUGAAAGGUGUAUUAAAAACACAGUUAAGAUUGCCAAAGUAACCAUGUCUGUCUCUUCAGACACAACAGCAGAGGCAUUGUAAACCAAAAGUCUCUCGGCAUCAUGAGAGCACAAAACAAGUGAAAGUAAGAGAAAUUCAUUACUAUAGAAGUGUACGUUUUUUCAGAUGUACCCCCUCCCCUUUUCUUUUAAACAAUCGUGGUGUUUUGUUGUUAGUUUUUUUUAGUUCUGAGCAGUAGCCCCCUCCAGGUUUUAAAAAUAAACAAGGACUUGGACCUGUAUUUUCAAAAAUAGGUUUUCUAUUAACCAAACAUUAAUUGAAUGGUAAUAGUUAAUCCUGUAACCAUAUAUAAAAGCAUCCAAUUGAUUGAGGGAAAAAUUUAUAAACGUACAGAAACUUACUGCAAAUUGAGAUAUGUACAACAAUGUAAUCAAAACCAACUAUGUACUGUAUAUUUGUAGUUUUAUUUUUGGUGUGAAAUGCGUUGUUUGUAAGUAGAUUUUCUCAUCCCUCCCCACCCCAAAAGCGGCAGUACUGGAUUGUAAAAGUUUUGUACUAUGUCUUGUGAGAUCUAUGAUGUUUUAUUGUCCGUUAAUAAUAUUGUCUAAUCAAAGUGAUUAGGUAGACUUGUGUGAAAGUAAUGUAAAGUAUGUGAUGAUGUAAAACCCUCCUCCCACCAUGAAAGUACUUCCUGUAUUUUGAAGAAGUCCUAUGAGGUAUUUUGGAAUUUUUACAUUCUUAGUGGUUUUUAGUGAACUUCAAAGGAAAGACUUUGUAUUUCUUCUGCUCACAUUUGAAAUCCCUAUUAAGUUUUGAAACUUAUGUAAAUACAAGAAUAACAGCAAAUUGAGGUACUUACACUACCUUUGCAAGAGAAAACUAAACACUGGUUUAGAUGAGUAAAGACCAGCUUUAGUCUUACAAAUAGCUGGAUUCUUGUUGGAAAUGAUAUGAAUAUCAGCAAAGCCUAAGGGGAAGACGUUUGGCCACUGGUAACCAGAAACUGCUUUUGUUUGUUUGUUGCUAAUCCUGGAACUCUGAAGACAACACGUGUCCUAUUAAACACACAAAGUUAUCACUGUGAUGUAUACUUGAAAUGUGUUGCAUUCUUGAGUCCCAAGUUUUAAUUUAUUUGAAACUUGGGAUGCCAAAUAUCAGUCUUCAGAAGCAAGAGGAUGAAGUAUAAGUAUUAGACUUUUUAAACAUGUGUAUAUAUAAUUAAGUGGUAUCUACUGUAUGUAUUUGUGUGUGUUGUGUGUAUAUACUAAAUAAGUGUGGGUUACAUCAAUGUUAUUAAGAUAAGACAAUUGUGACCAAAUGUUCUCAAUCUUUUUCUUGUUGCAUUCUUUGCACAUAAAUUCUGUUUAUAAAAGGUGAGUUCUUCCAAUCAAUCAAUAAUGAAAAUACCUAACAUUUGUAAAUCCAUACUAAAAACCCAAUCUUAUAAACAGCAACAAUGACACAUUCGUAUUUGUAGUAGACAUAUUAGUUAAGAAGGUCAUCAGACUAUGGCACUUAUUGAUUAAUUGAUUUGAUGUGUUUUUAGCCCCAGACUUUACAAAAUGAUUGGAAGAAUACUCUCACUGUGCAAGAAAUUUUAAAAAGCAUUCAUAAGUAUUAGAAUUGGACUGGAAUUAAGCAACAUGGAAGAGAAACUGUUUAAGGUGAAAGAUUUCAAAUGCACAAAUUCUCUGUAAAAAAUAAGAAUGCAGAAGAUGAAAACUGAAAUAUUAUUGCAUUUGAGGGAGCAUUAUAAAUGUUAAUCCAUUAUUUAUAUUAUAUCAGUCUGAAAACAAGGUCACCCUGAUCAAACAAAAACUUACAAUCUGUUAAACCCUGCAUGCACAAAAAAUGCAGCAUAUGAAGUUUCCCAUUCUUGAUCCCUAUUUCUUUUAUCCUUGGACCAUUUAUACUGUUCUUGUUGCUAAGUUGGGCAUUGAAAUCUGUGUGCAACACCAGAAUCAUUGUAGCAUUUUGGUGGGCAGGGUGACAACUGUAUAUGAAGCAACCAUGUGAAGGCCAUUCCUCAUGCCCAGCAGUUUGCACAUAGCACACCAUUGUAUGUGAGGAACUGUGGAAUGGGCCAGUAGAUAUUAGCUAAAUGGAAAUGGAAACUAUUACAAACCACUAAAAGGCAGGCUAACUUAAUCUGAUUGUCCAGUAGAAUGUAAACAAAAGUAAAGCUGUAAGUAGUUUGAGAGCCCCCAUGGACCACUAAAGUUCCUUAGUAAAGACAGUCAUUGGCUUAAAUGUGAUGAUUGGUUCCAACUAGAGUAGACACAUUGUGCAAGCCUGGUAAGUCAGCAUUUAUAUACCCCCAUUGAAUCAAUGAGAUUACUAUAGUUCAGGUUAGUGAUUGCAGUGAUAAGAUUCAGGUCUUUCUAGAUACGAUAGUUGGUGAGAAAUGCUGAGUGCUGGAGUCCAAAAACAUCUGAAGGGCCACCUGUGUAUCAUUGGUCCAUUUUAUUUAUCACAGUUCACUGUGUGCAGGGGUUCCCUCUAGUUUUAUGGGAUAGAAGAGGAGGAGGAAAGUUGAAUCACCCUUCCCUACAUCAUGCUCCUUCCAUGUGUGCAUACAUACAUGCCUUAAAGUCUUGUGUUGACUUAUGGAGAGCAUAUGCCCUUCAAUUAAUUUCCAUAAGCAAGAAAUACUCAAUGGCAGAUUGCCAUUGCCUUCCUGUGAAUUUUUUUUUUCUUCGUGUCAGGAGCAACCGGAGUUGCUUCUGGAGUGAGAGAAUUGGCCAUCUGCAAGGACGGAAGAAUUCCUCUUGGGAGACAAUCUCUUCAUUUUACCCCCACCAGAGGUUCUUCUCUAACUAUGAGGCACCAUGAUGCACAAAGACAUGACAGACUGGGCUAAAAACACCUAAAAACAGCCCUCACCUUUCCCAUUAGUCAUUCAUGUUGAGUUUCAGCUGUGCAAAUACUGAGGAAGUAACAACAAAGGUUCCCGUUAUUCCUCUACACACUGCUGCUAUGCCCACAGUGGGCUGUAUAUUUUGAAACUCUUCCUUUAACCAUCAAACAUCAAAUCAGUAAACAUUUUGUAGAUAAUCCAAAGGACAAUGGAAAGGUAUAUCCAGAGCCAUUUCUUUAAAUGUCUUAUUGUGACUUCAGUGCUUGCUUGUAUGGGUUUCUGUUUAUCCAAUAUCUUAACUUUAUGUAACUAAAAUAAACUAUGGGACAAUGGGGCUGUCUUGGCACUAAAUAUGGUGCUUAUUGAUAUAAUAAGAAACAACAUCCUGUGAAAUACUAUAAUGUAGUGUUCCGUAUAUUUCAUUUACAUACGCGCAGGGUUUUUUUUUGUUUUUUUGUUUUAAUUUUUUAAAACUUGUAUAACUGUGGAUAUUAUCCUACCACCAUUUCUCAACUCAUCUAACUAUGAAGUCCCUCCAAAGUGAAUGCUAAAUAUAACUUCUGUUAGAUACUCUACUGCUUUACUUUAGCCAUGCUUUAGAGGCUUUCUCCUCAAGACUGUAAAAAUGCUUAGGAAGGUAUAUUCAGUACAAACUUCCACUCUUAUCCCUUCAAAGCAAUGCAACACCCAACAAAUAAUAUGUAUAUUAUAGAACCUAAAAUGUACUCUCACACUUCAGUUUUCAUUUCUGGUCUGGUGGGGCAUGUCUUUCUAUUUAGCUUUUCUGCAAACUACAUAACUAUUAACUGAGCAUUUGAAACGUAUUGUGACUCAUUUUUCUCUCUUUAAAGUAUUAUUUCCUUUGUAUCUGCUUCUUCCUGGGCCAAGAACAAAACAAAAAUUUGUCAGAUAAACUGUCUGCAUGGGCUAUAGGUUCAUUGUGUCCUAGAGACAUAUCCAGAACUGUGGAAGCAGGGUUUUCUGUCCCAAUGUAUGGUUCUGGGUAUAUGUAGGAAUCAUUGCAGUCAGGCUUAGGGCCAUAAAAUACUUGCAAUGACAGAGAUUUCAUUUAGCAACUAGGAUAUCCAAAUGCAGCAGCACCCAGUGUGAUGGACCAUGUUUUAGUGGCUGCGCAACAUGCCCCCCACCCCACUGAGUAACAAAGAGGGAGGAUUGUUUCACGCUCCUGUGAUUAAGCAUCUGAUGGGAGCAGAAGGUGUCUUACGGGGUACUAUGCAAGUGCUAUUGGAGCACAUGGCCAGCAGUGCCCAAUUCAAAUGAAUCAACAAUGACCCAUAGCUAUAUAGGGCCUGCUGGCCAUUCAUAUUACAAUCGGUUUUCUGAAUUUGCUAAAGUUAGAGGCACAUGGCCCCUAUGAAAGUGAAAAACCAUCAGUAUAGAAAUUUUCUGCAUGAGAGAACAUCUCUCAUUGAAUUUCUAGGUCUUCCAGAACAACACUGUGGUCAAUUUCCACUGGAAGCCGACUAUUGAAUUGCAUUGGAGGAUUUUAAAAUUCCUAGAGGUUUUCUCUCAAGAAAUCUCUAGGUCCUCUGGCAUGAUGGAGAAGUUGACCAUAGAAUCACAGUGGAAGACCUAAAGAUUCUUAGAAUAGUUCUAAUUAAAUCUGUGAAUUAUCAAAUCCACAAAUGUCAGAUCGGCAAAUGUGGAGGGAGGACUGUACUGACUACUUUCUGCACACCUCACUAAGACCCCACUGCCCUCAUUAUUUCUCCCCUUGUGCUGCCCUAUCUCCAGUGAAAUGUCCAGUGAAUGUCCUGCUCUGACCUUUCAUAGUGCAUGAGUCAUCUCCUGGUCACUGCUGGAGGCUGAGCACUCGUCUCAGUGAGCUUCACUCUGACCCAACAAGGCAAUUCUCAUGUCCAUAUGCAGCACAGAGAAGUGUAUUUCUUCAUUUCAGAACUCUUUAACUACAGCAAAAAAAACCCCUUCAUUUAGAUAAAGCUAUUUCCAAUUGUCCACGUUCCCUUGGUAAUAGCCUAGGAGCUUAUCCACACACUGCUUUAUAGUCAGCCACCCACUCUCAUGAAAUGAGUAGCUCCAUAGCUAAAACAAUUCUGUGUAUUUAUUAACUUGAAGUGUUGUGUAUAUCUGUACCAGAGACCAUCUGUAUUAUGUGCAAGUUAGAUUCUCCACCACUUUAAUGUAGAUUUGUAUAUUACCUCUUCAAUGCUGUGCAAUCACCAUGGAUUUCUUUUUAUUGCACUGAUCAAAAUGCCUCUUGUAUGAUAAAUAAAACUUUUCCUGUGGUGAAUGUAUGUAAAUAAAAAAAUAAAAAUCAUUUCAAAUGUCAGCUAUACAAGCAGUGGCCUAACACAAAUCCAAGUCUAUAAUUGUAAAAUAGAAAAUCAGUUAAGUUGCUGUAACAUCAGGAAACGAUUCUAGGGAUGCAAUGACAGAGAAAGGAAAGUCUUUCCUUAUGAUAGUAAGAAAUAGCAAAGUUGGAUUUAUGUAGCUUUUUAUUUCCAUUGUUUCCUAGUGGAAAGCUUAUCUCUUUUUCAUGUCUGUAAAUCUAACAUUAUUACUUUCUCUUUGAAGUAUAUUGUAUUGUUAGAUGUUCGUUUGAGCUGGUAACUAACAUCCUUGCAACUGCUGCAAUAUGUUUCUGUUGGCAACUUGUAUAUUACUUUGUACACAAGUACUGGUAAGACUGUCAUUAAAAGUAGCUUCUGCCAUUAAACUACCUAUAGCGGAAUAGUACUUCUGUAAUAUUACCAAUGUAGUACUAUCAUACCAUAUUUUCUUUCUCCAGUGUAAUUAAACUGUUAUUUAUUCAA